AUGAAUCCCAACAACAACAGCACCGCCGGCGGCGGCGGAUUCCUCGGAUCCCAGAACAUCGGCGGGUUCGGGUACGGAAUCGGAAUCUCCUUCGGCAUCCUCCUCCUAAUCACCACCAUCACUCUCGCCUCCUACUUCUGCGCCCGCAACAACAACAACAACAGCCACCACUCCUCCUCCGCCGCCGCCGCCGCCGUCGCCGCCUCACCCCAAAGAAGAUCGGCGGCGGAAUCCAGUACUGUGGGCCCGCAUCAUCAGGGCCACGUGGCGAUCGAGAUCGGGUUGGACGAGGCGACGCUGAAGAGCUGCCCGAAGCUGCUCUACGCGGAAGCCAAGCGGCGGAAGAAGGACACGACGGCGUCGUGUUGCUCGAUUUGCUUGGCGGACUACAGGAACUCCGACGUCCUCCGGCUCCUGCCGGACUGCGGCCAUCUCUUCCACCUCAAGUGCGUGGAUCCGUGGCUCCUCAAGCACCCCACGUGUCCCGUCUGCAGAACGUCGCCGUUUCCGUCCCCUCUCUCCACGCCUCUCGCCGAGGUCGUCCCUCUUGCCAGCAGGCCACGCGGAUAA